AUGAUACAAAGCAUUACUCUGCGCUUGCUGCGCGGAGGAGCUCCUCGUCUGCACGGGCGGCGAUUUGCGUCGCAUGGCACCCCUCAGUACAACGAACCUUCCGGAUGGCUCUUCGGUGAAAAGCCUCCCCCGCCGGGCCAGAAGCGAGUGAAGGAAGAUUGGGAGAACAUUUGGUACAUUGGGAUGUUUGGUACAAUGGCCUUCGCAUCGGUGAUGCUGUACUACAAGCCUGACACAAGUAUUCAGACAUGGGCUUUAGAAGAGGCCAAACAACGAAUGGAGGCGCGUGGCGAGAAGUACAAAUACGAGCCGUCACAGAAAUCAUAGUCUUUCGACUCUUAAUCCCAAUUUCAUUACAUGACAACGGCUCUGCGCAAGAAAUAAUAUAAUCUAAAGUCUAUGUUCUAUAUCCGAGCAGUUGAGGCCCUAGGACGUUGUGCGAGCUUUUCAAGAUUCAAUGUUAUACUCAGCCUUAUACUGCUCCUCCGUAAG